UACCCAGAGAAUCCAGAGAUUAAUCAAACUGUCAUUUGGAAAUUAACCUAUAUUUAUUUGUUUUGAAUGUCUAUAACAAAAAAAAUUUUUUUCAAAUGUUGAAGACAAUUGUACAUGAGACAAAUGUGGAUUUAUUUCAUUUAGAAUUCUUUUAAUAGUUCCAAUAUAUACUGCCUCAUAAUAUUAUAUAAAAUAUGACUUCCCAACCAACUGCUGUACAUUACAUUCAACAAGAUAUAGAUGAAGUGCUCUCUUUCUUGAAUAAUCCACAACAACAAUUGGAUCAAUGUAAUUUGAUUGAAUUAACAAAAUCUGCAUUGUACUUAUUGAAGGCUUUACCGUCUGUGCGAGGAUCUCUCUUUGAAUAUUUUAGUAAAAUAUUUACAUUGGCAGCUUCAAAAUAUAUUAUAGGAAUUGAAAAUGAAAUAAAUACUGGACAGGUAUCAACUCCAUCAGAAGUGGAUGAAACAGUUGUAUCGGAAAUACAUUCUUCCAUGGUAAAUUUGAUUUCUGAGGCACCACAGGCUUGGUCUCCCAUUAUAAGUACCUGGUCAUUAGAGUUGCUGGGUGAAAUAUCUUCAAAUUUUUCUACGAGAACUCAUAUCAGUUCUACAGCAGUUCUGAAUGAAACCUUACAACUAUGGAUGGGGUGCAGAGCAACAAGAACCUUAGUUGAUAUCAAUACAAAGUGUCUUUCUAGUCUGAUGCACUCUGAUACAGAGGCUUGCAUUAAGGCCCUAUUAGAUACUUCUGUAAAACAUUCUCCAAAUUUCGAUUGGGUAGUUGCCCAUGUAGGAAGCUGUUUUCCAUUUACUGUAAUAAUAAGAGUGCUAUCAUGUGGCCUAAAAGAAUUUUGCCAGAAUAAGUUCUAUGAACAAAGCCAUAACUCUCCAAAACUCAAAUCAGUGGUUGGAAUAUUAGGUCAUUUGGCUGGAAGUCAUGCAGACGAUAUAAGAACUGCUAUAUUUGAAAUGUUUCAGUGGAGUAUGGGUCCAUGUAAAAAAGUAGGUGAUUUAGACAAGCCACCAAAAAAGAGAACAAUACCAUACAUUCUUCAAUUGUCUUAUUUGUCUUCUACAUUGUUGUCGUCAAUUUGCAAAAGUUUGAAGGACAUAAUCAACAUUGAAGUUAUUGAAAAGUUAACUGAAUUUCUUGAGGAUUGGUGUAAAUUUUUUGGAACAGCAGAAACAUUAGAGGAUCUUUUAAUGACUCUCAUUCUACAAUGCAGCACAGGGGGAAUACAGAUAGUUAAACUGUUUCUAGAAUGUAUAACAAAUGAAAAUUGGACAUUGGCUGAUAAUGUGGUUGAAGGUAUCAAGGAAAAGAGUAAAAAACUUUUAUCAAAUCUAUUAGUAGAAAUAGAUGUUUCCUUGAGAUUCAAAAGACCUAUUCACAUAGUAGAGUCGUUCAGUGAAGACAUCAGUGAAAUUAAUAAACUGUUGUUGAGCAAGCAUAAAAUCGAACAUAUGACAGCGGCUCGCCUUGUUGUAUUUUUAGGACGUGAUAAUCCAUCCAUUCUCAUAAAUUCAGUUACAUUCAUUUUGAAGAACUCCCAAACUGCUGAUCAUCUAGCCCUUCUCAUAAAAAUUUUGUCACACGAGUUUAUUGACAAAUCAAAGCCUCCUUAUUGUGAUGAGGGAGGUUACUUGGGUAUGUUACUCCAGCAUAUACUUUGUAGAGACAUCCAGAAAUUCUUUACGUCCAACCAGGAAACCAUAGAUUUAUCGCAAAUGUGGGAGAAUUUGUUGUUGUUACUCAGAUGGGAAAAAAGUGGAAAAGUCCCGAUGCUGAAGGGCCAGAUGAUAUCAAGGGCGCUCUACGCGAAUCUAGAAACUAUCACCUCUGUUUUCGGAAGUGAAAUUCACCACAUGCAUGUGAUUGCAGAACUCCUUGAUAAAUUGGAAAUACCAUCUGCCAAUACUCCUCUUACACUGAGCGUUCCAAUUAUUUUAAAUCUAACACAAUCUACUGUCAACUAUUUUUUUGCAUGUUGCGCCAGUCAAGAUGGUGGAAACAAAUUGAGGGGAUUCAAGAAAGUUUGUUCUAUUUUGAAAAGGCUGUGCGCGUUUUCGAAAGUUGCGAAAGUUCUGGCACUGAGAGAAUUAUUGGAGAGAGCUUUGUUUAGAUCUGACAACGUUCUGUUUGGAGCGAUCAACACAGAAAAUUAUACUAAUGACAACACAAAGAAACUACUACUGAAACAGAAUAAGAAAAUUAGUAAAACUAUUCCUUUAACUAAACAUUCGUCUGUUUUCAAUGGUGGUAUUAUUGGUGGGGGAAAGAGAAAAUUUGAACAACCCGAGGAAUUACCGUCUGAAGUAAUAUCUGCUAAUAUUUCUGAACUUAUAAAUACCAUCAGGGCAUGCUGUGCACUGCCAAAUGAAGCUGAUGCAAAAUAUUGUGAUUUGUCUCUAGAUAGUGUCACAUUGGUUUCACUCCUGUUAGUUCAGUUUGUCAGUCCAGAUGUAAUGUACAAUGGACUCCCUUGGCCAGAAGAAGACUUCUCCAAGGUUACAGUUGAACGAGAUUUGGCCAUCACGAAAUUCUUCAAAAACAUGCCGUUGUUGUGGGAGCUACUGAAUUUUGUGGCAGUCUACCGUCCAGCACUGUGUUAUUGUUCUGUAUUACUAAGGGCGCUCACUGCUAUACUGAUACACCAGUGGCGUAGUAUGGGAGAUAAGAACAGAGCUAACGCGAACGAGCAUUUCAAUAAUCUCCUGGAAACUACCAUUAGAGUUGUUGAUACAAUGGCCUUAGGUCAAUUGCUUCCUCCGCCGCUGUCUAGCAUAAGGGACGUUUUUCCCCAUUUGAAGUCUUUUGAGAUUGUUGCUAUAUUGAAGGAUGGAAUUUGGUUCUAUAUGAGAGAUCAUGUUCCAUCGCCUGCACUUUUUACUUUGGAUAGUAAUGGAAUUCACUGGAGAGAUCCUUCAGUAGCAAGACCUCAGGAUGUUUAUACAAAUUCUCUCAGAAUUAUUCUUCAAAGAAAUAUAAAAUCAUUAGGAGAUGUUUAUUCUAAAAUGUUCAUAAAUAUAGCAAAAUAAGGUGUAAUGUACAAAUUAUAGUAUUCGUCAACAUAAAGAAAGCAGAUUUGAAGGUUUCUAAGUUCUGCUGGUAUUGUUUCAAUGUAAAUAUGUAUUUUAUCGAAUGAAAAUUUUUGAAUUGUCUUAUAAGCAAUCACUUUUUAUAACAAGUUUUUUCAUGUUAGUAAAUAAAAAUAUUCAUACUUUA